AUGCGCUCCGGGGGUGCCAACGGCAGUGCGGAGGCGGCGGUGAACGGCAGCGGCGACCCGUUCGGGCGCAAUGAGGAGGUGGCCAAGCUGGAGAUCGGCGUGCUGAGCGCGACCUUCCUGGUGGCCGUGGCGGGCAACGCGUGCGUGCUGCUGGCCGUGCGGCGCGCCAACAAAAAGGGCUCGCGCGUGCACCUCUUCAUCAAGCACCUGAGCCUGGCCGACCUGGUGGUGGCCUUCUUCCAGGUGCUGCCGCAGCUGUGCUGGGAGGUGACGUUCCGCUUCUACGGGCCGGACUUCCUGUGCCGCGUGGUCAAGCACGCGCAGGUGCUGGGCAUGUUCGCGUCCGCCUACAUGCUCGUGAUGAUGACCGUGGACCGCUACCUGGCCGUGUGCCACCCGCUCGAGACGCUGCGGCGGCGGCCGGCGCGGCGCGCGCGCGCCACCAUCGCGGCCACGUGGCUGUGCAGCGUGGUGCUGAGCGCGCCGCAGUACUUCAUCUUCUCGCUGAGCGAGGUGCGCCCCGGCUCGGGCGUCUACGACUGCUGGGGCCACUUCAUCGAGCCGUGGGGCGUGCGCGCCUACGUCACGUGGAUCGCCGCGGGCAUCUUCCUCGUGCCCGUGCUGGCGCUCGCGCUCUGCUACGGACUCAUCUGCCGCAGCAUCUGGAGGAACGUGAAGGGCAAGGCGCGGGGAGAAGCGGGGGCGGUGGGGGCGCUGGUGGGGAGAGCGCGGGUCAGCGGCGUGUCCACCAUCUCGCGCGCCAAGCUGAGGACGGUCAAGAUGACCUUCGUGAUCGUGCUCGCCUACGUCGUGUGCUGGGCGCCUUUCUUCGUCGUGCAGAUGUGGUCCGUGUGGGACGAGGAGUUCUCCUGGCACGACUCAGAGAACACGGCAGUGACCCUUUCAGCUUUGCUGGCCAGUCUUAACAGCUGCUGCAACCCUUGGAUCUACAUGCUGUUCAGCGGUCACCUCCUCCACGACUUCCUACGCUGCCUCCCGUGCUGGCAGCCUGGCCGCUCAGGCCGCUCUGGCUCAGACGGCAGCGUGCAGAGGACCACCAUGGUGGGCAAAGCGCCUGCCGCCCGGAACCCCGCCGGUGCCUACGACUCAUGGAAGGAACCAUGCAACUCCCGCAAGUCCAGCCAAUCUGUAGUGCUGGACUUCCCUCGCAGAGCCAGCCACAACAUCCCGCUCAAGUCCUAGACAUGGCCAUGUUUACUCUUUACUUACUUUUGGGCCUGGACAGCGUUUUAGUCGUGCAACACUUUUGGGUCACUAUGUUGGUUCACUAGCUUAGUUAACAGCCACGCUGGUCGGAGCAUUGAGUGCGGUUGCCUAGGUAACAGCGAAGACUUUGGACCAUUUUUGGGCAUUGACAGAAUUGAUUGUGGUUGCCUGUAACAAGAAGACUUUUCAGCUACUUUUGGUCAUGACAGUGUUGAAUUAGGUUGCCUAGGCAGCAACAACACUUUUGGGCUAACAACCAUGUUAAUUGUCGUUGUCAAGGUAACAGCCAAAACAUUGAUUGUGAUUUCCUAGGUAACAGCAGCACUUUUGAGCUAUCAAAAGUGUUGAUUGUGGUUGCCUGGUAACAACAGCACUUUUGGACUGUCGACAGUGUUGAUUGUGGUUUCCUAGGUAACAGCAACGCUUCUGGAUCACAGCAGUGUUAAUUGUGGUUGCCUAGGUAACAACAGCACUUGUGAGCCAUCAAUAGUGUUGAUUGUGGUUGCCUAGAUAACAGCAACACUUUUGGUCUGUCAACAGUGUUGAUUGUAGUUGCCUAGGUAACAACAUCACUUUUUAGCCAUCAACACUGUUGAUUAUGUUUGCCUAGAUAACAGCAACACUUCUGGGCUGUCAACAGUGAUGAUUGUAGUUCCCUAGGUAUGCACAGCACUUUUGGGUUAUCAACAGUGUUGAUUGGGUUGCCUAGGUAACAACAGCACUUUUGAGCUGUCAACAGUGUUGAUUGUGGUUGCCUCGGUAACAGCAAUGCUUUUGGCCAUGACAGUGUCGAUUAUGGUUGCCUAGGUAACAACAUCACUUUUGGGCUAUCAACAGUGUUGAUUGUGGUUUCCUAGGUAACAGGAACACUUUUGGGCCCAGACAGAGUUAACUGUGAUUUCCUAGGUAACAGGAACACUUUUGGGCCCCAAAAGUGUUGAUUGCCUUGGUAACAGCAACAUUUUAGGCCACUUUUAGGCCAUCACAGUUUUGGGGAUGACUUAGGUACCAUUGCUACCUUGGCCACUUUUAGGCCAUGACAGUAUUGACUGUGGUUGCCUAACAACAACAACAACAACAACAACAACAACAACAACACCAAACAGUAUACUGGCACACAAUGAAAUACUUCUAAAUAUUAUGCAAACGUAUUCUCUGGACAGAAUGAAGUAAGCAUGUCUGUUAUUAUUAUCAUCACACAGGCCUGGGCAUCAGCCUAGUCAAUAACUUCAGGAAGUUUCCAGUGAGUGAAUAAAUAGGCCUGUGGUUGACAGUUUAAACUAUGCUUUCUCAUGCAGUCAACAAAUUUCAAUUUGAGUUUUUCUAUAUUGGCCAGUUGAGUGAAGUCUAUUUUAGGCUUAAGCACGGAUACAGAUGUUCUACGACAACAGAUAUCUAGUAGUAUUUAGUAAGCGAGACAUUCCUUUGACAUGGAAAUGCAUGCUUGCGAAAAGAGACAAAUCAGUCAAAGAAAUCAAUGAAGACAGAUGAAAAUGUAUAAUGAAUGUAAAUAUUUCUGAUUUGGUGUAAUAUGAAUGUGGCUGUGUGAACAAAGUCGGCAGCAAAACAGUUCAGCCGUCUUAAGAUUUCAUCUCUCGUGGUCUCUGUGCAGCCAGGAUGCAGACUGUGAAAGUGGAAUCAUUAAGCAGCAGCAGCAUAUAAAACACACCAGCCUGUUUUCUGAGUGACACGCUCACUGAAAAUCCGCAAAACCCUGUCUGCAGGGCUGGUGUUUGAGUCCCUGCAUGUCACUGAAGGCAUGCAAGAUGGAGAAAGCAGAAAAAACGUCAUACACUUCCAGCAUAGCCUGAACUUAACAUGGACAAUCCAAGCCUUUUUUAGGAGCCAGCUUUUUUCAGAGCUUUUUGUCUUUGGUUCUUUGGCUCAGUUGUUCUCCUAAAUACAUAGGCUUAACCUUUCUGUGCAUGCAUCUCUGCACCAGUUUCAGUUAGCUUAAACACUGUAAGCUUGGAUAAAAUUUAUUUAAGACUCAAAAGUGAUCAAGCUGUACCCUAUUAAGAUUAUUUAGAUCAAAACAGGAGAGUCCAAUCUUACCUGCCAUCGGUGUGGCUGCAGGUUUUCAUUUCAAACAAACCAGAACACACCUGAUUCCAGUUCUUCAAUCAAAUGGUUUCAGUGAUCUCCUGCUUUGCUGAAAUCAAACCCUGCUGCCACUCUGGCCCUUUGUGGAUAAGAAUGGACACCCCUCGAUUGUAGUACACUGAGCUGCAACCUGAUCCCUGAGGUUUCAACUAUUUCAUCUAUUUUUGAAUGCAAAAGUUUGGCAAAAAACACAUCUUCCACAGUGAACAAUCUUAAAUUUCUUCUGCUAAUUUAAGCACACACUAUUUAUUUAUCACAUGAUGUGUUAACAUAUUUUCACCUAAAGCCACAUUAUAAAACAAUUUUACCUGAAAAUAAAAUCAUUUUGAUGGUACACUGACUUAUAAUAGAGAGAAUGGCUCUGUCAUGUCUACUCUGGGCCUGGAACGCCUGCUAUAGUGCUAUGUAACUUUGGAGGAGCAGGCAUGAGAACUCUUGUGAGAACUGCAUAAUGCUUUAUGGCACCAACAACUAUGGCUGUUCAGCCUGCUUUGAGAAGAAGCCAGGUCAGUAUUCCCAGCAUGGAAAUCAUGGCAGAAUCUGCCAAAAGACUAAAGAAGAUGGCAUCGAAGAAAGCUAGGAAGAGAAAAAGAGAGAGUGACCGAGCAAGAGUAAAUCUCAGACUGGCUUUUACUCAUUUGCGAGAGCUAAAGGAGAUAAAAGGAUGUAAGACAGUCUCACGGCUAACAGGAAAACAACGAAAAUCGGACAGCAGAGUGUAAGUUACAUCACUGCCAGUGUUAUUUUUGAAAGACUGCGACGCAAGGCGUAACCUUAUCUGUGUCGCCCCUGUCUCACAGAAGUUUUGUAGUUUUUCUGGAUGCCAAAAGUCGCCUAACCUCAGUCCCAUUUCAGGCUAGCAUGCAAAGAAAUUAAUUCAUCUCAUGCCAAAAAUCUUGGUCAGAGUUCUUACGCCAAAUUAAACUUGAAAGUUUGCAACCUUCUGUACUAAAAUCUUUUAAAACUACUUACUGUACUUGUAAGUCAACAUGGUUCUUUCUCUUCUCUUGUGGUUGUUGUGCCAAAUUCCGUGUCCCUAACAGACUCCCCUUUGCAUGCUCAUGCGUCAGAC